CGUCACGUCAGCUGGUGAGUGUUUUGAAAGGAGGUGACUGGUUAGCUGUCGAGCUGGAAGGAUUACACUUCAGCGACCGUCGAAGCAGUUUUGAUUAUGUGCGCUGAAGCAUCCAGACCGGACUCCGCUCUGGACGGGUGAUGGCAGCGCGUCUGCAGUCAUAUGACAGCAACUCCAGUGACGCCGAAAACUGGGAAGUCAAAUCUUCAAGUCGACCUCGCAAACUCUACAGGCAUUCGGGUAGCAGUCAGACCCGUGCAUCUCGAGUGGAGGCACAACACAGGAAGAUGAGCCUGCAUGGUGCCAGUGGGGGCUGUGACCGCUCACGUGACCGCCGCCGUUCCAGCGAUCGCUCCAGGGACUCCUCACACGAAAGAGAAGGGCAGCUCACCCCCUGCAUACGCAACGUCACAUCACCCACUCGCCAGCACGUCGGCGACCGAGAGCGAGAUGGUAGUACAUCAUCGAGACCCAGCAGUCCCAGACCCAUGAGAGUUUCUCCCAGCGGCUCCAGUAGCAGCGGAGUGGUGAGCAGUCGCAACAGCAGCCUGUCCAGUACCGAAGGCGCCUUCAAGAGCUUGGCGGUGGGCGAGAUGGUCUUCGUGUACGAAAGUCCCAAGGAAGGCGGAGCGUGUGCCACCGUGAGCAGCCGAAACAUGAGGGCUUCAGAGAGAGUCACGCUGAUCGUGGACAACACGCGCUUCGUCGUGGAUCCGUCCAUCUUUACCGCACAACCCAACACCAUGUUGGGCAGAAUGUUCGGGUCCGGGCGGGAGCAUAACUUCACACGGCCCAAUGAGAAGGGAGAAUACGAGGUGGCAGAGGGAAUCAGCUCGACUGUUUUCAGAGCCAUUCUGGAUUACUAUAAAUCUGGAAUCAUCCGGUGUCCUGAUGGAAUCUCCAUCCCAGAGUUGCGGGAGGCUUGUGACUAUCUAUGCAUCUCAUUUGACUACAGCACCAUCAAAUGCAGAGACCUCAGUGCCCUGAUGCAUGAGCUUUCCAAUGACGGGGCUCGGCGACAGUUCGAGUUCUACCUGGAGGAAAUGGUUCUGCCAUUGAUGGUGGCGAGCGCCCAGAGCGGAGAGAGGGAGUGCCACAUUGUAGUCUUAACGGAUGAUGACGUGGUGGACUGGGAUGAAGAGUAUCCACCACAAAUGGGGGAGGAAUACUCGCAGAUCAUCUACAGCACAAAACUGUACAGAUUUUUCAAGUAUAUUGAGAAUAGAGAUGUUGCCAAAUCCGUUUUGAAGGAGAGGGGCUUAAAGAAAAUACGCCUGGGCAUUGAAGGUUAUCCAACAUAUAAAGAAAAGGUCAAGAAGAGGCCCGGAGGUCGUCCAGAGGUCAUCUACAACUACGUCCAAAGGCCCUUCAUCCGCAUGUCUUGGGAGAAGGAAGAGGGCAAAAGUCGACAUGUCGACUUCCAGUGCGUCAAGUCCAAGUCCAUCACCAACCUAGCAGCGGCAGCAGCAGACAUCCCCCAGGACCAGCUGGUGGUGAUGCACCCGGGGCCCCAGGUGGAUGAACUGGACAUCCUUCCCAACCAUCCGCCCACUGGGAGCCACUACAGCCACAACUACAACAACGAGCCUGACCCCGACGGACCCUCACCUGCCGUCUGAGGACCCAGCGGUCCCCUUACAUUGCCUCGGCCCCUCUCCUCAUCCUCCAGUUCUCCUCCCAGCAUGCUGCAGCAUGGAGCGCCAGGGGCACCAUUACCAUAUUGCCUUGACACCUCCUUUGCAGCCUUAGAGCCUCAAGAACUGUAGAGAAUGACAUGCAAGGGACAAAAGACUGAUCGAAGGAAAGGUUUACUCUUGUUUUGUUUUUUUUACUUGACCAAAGGAAUUUAUUUUAUUUUUGUUUGUUUUUUUUAAAUAAAAAAGUACGGGCUAAUAACCAUUAUUAUUAUUAUUAUUAUUAUUAUUUACAAUGUUGUUGUAUCUUUUGACUUUUAAGUUGUGUUGAGCACUCUUGUGUUACUAUUUCUUCACACUAACAACUCUUAUUUCAAGGAUCAUUUAAGUUUUCCUGGGUGGCCUAAAUGAAUGUGCUUUGAAGAAACUAUACAAUACUCCUGAAAAAAAAAACCUUUCUGUUUAAGAGUAAGAGGGACAAAAUGUUAUCACCACUGUACCAUCAUUCUCUGGAUGAUCUCAUCUGACAUCUUGUGAUGGGGAAUGUAGUCAUUGGCUGGAUAUGAUUCGUGAUGUUAUGCUCUGUGUGCAGCCGAUAUACAAAGCAGAGCACGGGCUCUUGUUCAAAUCUCUGUGCAAAGCUUGAAUUUUCUUUUGUUUUGUUUUAAAUAAAUUGAAAACCAUUCAAUAAAUACAUGAGAAAUG